AUGGAAGACUCUUUUCUUCGGCGGUGGACUGGUCGUUCUGUUCGCGCGCUAAUAUCCUCUUUGAUUCUUUCGACUGUGUUGACUGCCGUUCAUGUAAGUUCUCCACCGGACUCGCGGCAACUGCUCCUGCUGGCUGAUGCUUUAGCUACCCCGCGAAGCUAUUUGUCACUCUCUCGCUUCUCCGUUCGACCAGCCCCCCGGCAAUUCGUUUUGUCGCCUCGAAACUUUGUCGCAUAUCGUUCACCAUGUGGACGUUCCCACGCGAAUCAGAGUCUUGCGGCACUUAUAUGCACGACUGACCCAGACUUCCAGUCACAAGCUCCCCCUCGCUUCUUAGGGGGCGUUUGGGAUCCUUGGGAAGACUCUCCAAAAAGUGGAAAUCCAGCAGGCAAGCAGAACUUCCUGGCGUCGCUUCGUGGUCAAGAAGAAAGCAACUCCCACUGUUCAAUUUCUCCUUCCGCGUGGAGGGCUCCACGCUGUUCGGCAGGCCUAGGACGCCGAGGGCCCCUAGCCUACAUAUGGCGGCGGAAGAACGCAGAAGAUAAACUUCCUCACCUUCUUGCUUUUGUUGGGGAGGAAUGCGAAUAUUGUAAAAUGGAACCUGUCGAGAAGGCGGUGGAGGGCCUUCUGCCGGGCACAAACAUUCGUCGGCUCGAAGUGUGGCACAACACGCUCAACUACGAGCUUUUGCAGGAACUGGACCGAGAUGGAAAGUGCGGCGGUCUUCCCUUCUACUUCAACAUGCGAACUCUCCAGUGGAUUUGCGGAGCAACAACGAAGGCCAAUCUCCUGGCCUGGGCAGCGCAUCAGCCGUGCAAGUCCCAUGAGCCGCCGGUGCUCCAAGCGGAAGACUUGGAGAUUUUCAAUCGACGCACGGGAAUGGUAGCCCGCAUGAUGAGACGCGUGGACAAGAUGCGGCACGAAGGAGAGAGAGCGAUCUACCAAACUCUGCUUCAACAGCGUCAGGGGCGGGAACGUGAGCAGGCGGAGCAGCAGAGGCUUCAAAGAGAAGAAGAUCUUGGUUCGACACGGAAAGACUAG